AUGGCGGCUGGAGAUAUUGAAUAUUUGGCAGGGCUUGGUGCCCUGAUCACCAUAGCCGCUCUCGCCAUCGAUCCCAUUUCUCAAGCCAUGUUCGAACACAAAGGAUGCAGUCGUGCCGCAGAUUCUGUCAACGGCAUCAUAGCAGAGAUACCGAGAGCGAAUCACUACACAGUUGGUCCGAUGGACUCCGGCAUCGUAAAGGGACUUGCUGAACCUCGAGAGUUGGCUUCCUUGAUCAACGUCAAAUGCGCUACGGGCAACUGCACCUUUGGGAACGGGGACAACGGAAGUCACUUCUAA